UUCAGUUGAACAUUGAAAACCUUCCAUUACCUCAGAUUUAUAAGCAUUAUAAAUAUUUGUAUAAAUGAUAUGUGAUAAAUUUACAAAUUAAAUCCAAUAUAAGGUAAAAAUAAAGACUAAUCUCAGCUAAAGCUGUGCAUUACAUUUGCCAUGAUACAAACAAGAAGGAAAACAAAACAACACGACCAAGAAUCGAAGUUGAAAUGAUAUAAUUGUUAGAAUCUUAAUGUACGUAUUUUGUCAUGCAGUGUGAUUCUUUGAAAAGAGUUACGAGGAGUCUGCUGUGUUGUUUGAUGGGACAUCAUGGUUUGUGCAGUUCACUGGAGAAUUCAUUCACUAGUAUGUUUCAACCAUGCACAAAGUUAUAGGUACUGUAAUGCCAGAAUGGAUUUGCAGAAUGUAUGAUGUGGGUUGACCAAGAUGGCCACCAGUACUCAAACAUUUUGUUUGUGAUUGCUUUCAGCCACAGACCUUGGACUUGGUAUUAGCUGGAACAUCUGUGAACAUGAGGUCUAAUCUAUAACCAGAAAUAGGCGUGGGUUUCUCAGUUAGCUGAACAACAUCAGAGGAUGCACUGAACUCAAGAACAGAUUAGCAUGGCUGAUCUGUGGAAAUUGAUUUUAACCACUCGCUGUGUUUUGCAUUACAGUCUCCACAAAUAAUAAAUGAAGCUUUUGAAUCCUGUGACUGAGCCAUACUAAUCCUUUCGAAGAGAUGGUCAUAUAUAGAAUCGUUGAUAUUUGGAUUAUGGUAAACAGCAAAUACAUAAACAUUGUAGACCUUACUGAAAAUUAAAAAAAAAAAGAACUUCAUGGCAACUACACUCCAGAUUUUUUUAACAAUAAAAGUUAAAAAUAAUGGAAGGUGACCACACCAAAGAUGACUGUGCCGCAGGCUCAGAGAGCUCCAAAGAUGGUGUAAUGGAGGAUGAGGCUGUCGUUUUAAAUCUUUCUGAUGAAUGCUCCAUUGAAGAAGAAGUACAAUUACUAAUGCAGUCGCAGAAAAAUGUGGAGCCCAAACGUCGUACAGAAAUUACUUGGAAGCGCAAAGUCGAGAUCCUCACUGAAAUUGAGAAAAUGGAUAAAUUACCAGGUAAGAUGUCUCAUCGUGACAUGGCAGCUCAUUUUUGCAUUACUCGAAACACACUCUUCAACAUACUUCGUGCUAGGGAUAGAAUAAUUGAAGCCUAUAAACGGAAUUUAAAUGGAAGGAGGAAGAGACUGAGGCCUGGGAAAGCUCCUCACGUAGAGCGAGCGCUUUUUAAGUGGUAUAAAAAUGCCAAGAAACAAAAGCUACCUCUCUCAAAUAUUGUUUUGUUUGAAAAAGCCAGAGACCUUGCUGUUUCUCAAGGGAAUUAUAAUUUCCGUCCCACAACAGGCUGGUUAGAAAGAUGGAAAAAGCGACACAGUAUCACCUUUGCAGCUGAAGCAUCAAGUGAAGGUUAUGAAAAAAGUAAUGAAAAUGAAGAUGAAGAAAAGACAAAUUGUAAUAGUUCAUCUGUCAAAGAUGAAGAUCGGGUAGCAGAAAGUGACCAGCAUUCUGAACAGGAGGAGGAGGAGGAUGAAGAUGAUGAGGACUAUGAUGAUGACGACAAUUCCUGCUCUCCAACCACACAAGAUAUAAGCAGCUUGCUUCAGAUUAGUUUGCAAGAAACAGAUGAUGUUGUGCAUAGAGGGAAAGGGAUUAAGAGACAAACUUUAACACUCAGACAAAAAUUUGAUAUUGUUAAAGCUGUUGAAAGUCUUCCCAUGAAAUGGAGUUUACGGGAUAUGGCCUCUCUCUUCGAUAUUCCAAAGACGACCAUGUUACACAUGAUGAAGAACAGGGAUGUUAUAGUAAAGAAUUAUUUGAAUAGCCCUGAUAAGGAAAGGAGGCGUAAUAAAAAGGGUAAGGCUCCUGAUAUAGAGGAUGCCUUGUAUCUGUGGUACCUAAAAGUUAAGGAAAAGAAUUUACCAAUAACUGCUGGGAUUUUGAGAAAAAAAGCCAAAUCUAUUGCAUCGUCUGUUGGGAAACCAGACUUUGUUCCAACAGAAGGAUGGUUUGCUCGAUGGAAAAAAAGAAAUAAUGUCACUUGUGGCCGUCCUAAACAGUAUGAUGGGACUGAAACAGCAAAUGUCCAUCCUUCAGAAUAUGAUGAAGGUGAUAUACAGCUCUUCAAUACUGCAUAUGAAAAGGAAAAACGUACGUCCUUGUCAUUGAGACAGAAAGUUGAGAUUAUUCAUCAGAUGGAAUCAGAGCCAAAAGUAAAACUAAGGGAGUGGGUUAAUUUAUAUAAUGUGUCAAAGUCUACCUUAAGUAUCAUUAAGAAAAACAAAGAAACAAUACUCAAAUCAUUCUAUGGCGACCCUUCAGCUGACCGUAAGCGCAUGAGAAAAGGCUCAGCAUCUGAAGUUGAAGAAGCUCUCUUUAGGUGGUAUAAGGAAGUGAAAGAUCAAAGCAUUACUCUUACAAGUACAACACUUAGAGAUAAAGCUAAAGAAUUGGCAAACUAUAUGGGAAAAGUGGAUUUCAUACCUACAUCCACAUGGCUUGAUACCUGGAAAAGAAAGCAUGGGUUACUUGAUCAGCAGAAGGAAACUGAUCAACAGCAGCCUAUGUUACAAACAAACUUGAACCAGAGUGGUAUUCAGCCUGUAGUAGAAGACAAGCAACAAAAUCGUUUUCACUUUCAUCAGAACCCUCACAGUGCUGCUGGUCACAUGAAUGUGAUGGAAAAUCAAAACGUUCCUCCCAGUGCAAAUGUAUUCAAAGGCCCUUCAAAUCUCCAGCCAGUGAAUAACUCCUACCCUAGAGAUAUGUUUGGCUUUCAGGUUCCUUCCCACACUCAGGAAAAUGUAGGCAAUUUUGAUGGUUUUCUUAGAAAUCAGACACAUCCUAAUGAAGCAGCUAUUGAAAAUACAAAUAACAUUGCUCCUCAUGGAGUUCCACCGGGCAAUGGUGCCGACCAACAAUUUUCAUCUCUCCCAACAGCAAAUAAAUUUAUGGGAUCUAAUGUGUAUGGAAAUGAACUCUCCAGUGCACGUGAUAUGUUUGGUGGGAAUGGAAUGAAUCGAGGUGUUAUUAGUAAUUCCCGUGACCAUAAUGGUGUACCUGCUUCUGCCAUAACUCAGUGGGGCUAUGCCUCCUCAGAACGUGUAUUACAGCCAUACAAGGUAGACAACCAUCAAUCCUCAAAUGUACUUCCUGCCACGGAGCUCCUUAGCGAAGGUUCAGUUCGACGAGCUAUGAUGGAAAUUAGACGUUUCUUAGAACAGUCUCCUUACCCUGUAGAUUGGUCUAUUGUUCAUAGCUUUGAGAUGCUUGUUCAUGCCAAUUUAGCUGCAAGUAGAGGCAUUUGUCCUCCAUAAAGACAGCAUAGGAUGCAGAAAUGAACUAUCCCUUCCAAGUUUGUAAUCCUUCCAUAGUACCUCAAGUCUCAUCCGUGUACACAUACAUCAUGUUUAUACAUCAUGUUUAUAUCAGCCAUAUAUUCACUGAAUAUCAUAUAGAUUUUUAUACUUUUGCAUAUCAUAUAUGGUUAGACUAAACUUAUUAUAGAUAGGGACUUUCAGAAAACUGUAAGUGUUGCAUACACAAAAGCAUUCUUUUUUGUAUAUGUGACUUACCCAGUAGUAAUUAUAUUGCUGAGAGUCUCUACUCAACGGCAACCUAAAUUAAAAUUUCGCGGGUAGCACUUCAAUGACUCGGUGUAGGUAUACAGUGCCGUCCCCCUAUGGCAAUACCAGGAAGUUGCCACCACCGGAAUGCAUUCAUAGCCUUCGAGCAGGACGAUUCAUAUCUUUUGUUUAUUUUGUUUAGAUUAACAUCUAGCUGGAUACUUGCAGUCUCCGGGAAUAAUAAUUGCCUCAUAAAUAGGUCUUGAAUGGCUCACUAUUCAAGUAGAUCAGUUAUUUCUGCAUCUAUCAGUUUACUUACCGGGCUUAACGUAAGUCAUCGGUUAAGUAUUGCCUUCAGUAACUAAUCUUGAUGUUAUGUCAUUCCUUUAGGCCAAACUUUCAUUUUUAGAAUUUGUUUACUGGCCAUGAGCUAUUAGCAAGACACCAUGCCAGUAACAGUUACCUUAGAACAAUCCUUUUACACUAGUGAUUGUUCACUGGGUAUAGGCUAUUCUCAAGCUGAAGGUAUGAACACCUUAAAGUAAUUCUAGAAUGUUAUCCAUUCUUUUAUCCAAAAACUUUUCCAUUUAUUUGCUUACCGGGAUUAGGCUACAUGUAAGUCCCCCGUUAAUGAUUACCUUUAAAGUAAUUCCUGAACAUUGCAGGAAUGUUGCAUCAUUACAUUGGGGGAUAUUUUGAUUUUGGGAAUCUGUUUACCAAUCAUAGACUAGUCGCAAAACGCCAGUAAAUAUAAUUACCUUAAAGGUAAUUUGUGAAUGUUAAGACCUUCUUUUGGGCCAAAUGUUGGCAAUUAGGCCAACACGUUUUGUUUUGUUUACCAUGCCUGCAAUACUCAUUACUUUCCUUUGCAGAGACAAAGGUGGAAGUUGAAAAUGCAUCAAUUAACUACCGGGGGUUUUGCUUCGGCAGUACUUUGGUACGUUACAGAGAGCUGGGAUGGCCUCGGUGUACGGAGGUAUUUUCCUGGUGUCAUAUAGUUGUGAACUUUCACGUUCGGUAACUUACCCUCUAAUUCGCAUGUCGGACUGGAGCUCAGGCCACUCGAGUCAAUUAGUACGACCAAGGCCACCAUAAGUGCGUAAUCAGUUAUUGAAUUCGAUCACUUUGAAUUCCUGAUACAGGCAGUCCCUAGGUUACGACGGUCUCAGCUUAUGGCGUUCCGAGGUUAAGGCGCUUUUCAAUUUUAUUCAUCAGAAAUUAUUUCCAGGGUUACAACGCCUACACCAUUGAUCUGGCAGAUGAAAUAUGACACCAAAAAUGCAAAAUAAUCAAUAUUUGAAGGUUGUUUUGAUGAAAAACGCAAUAAGAAUGCAGUUUACACAGUUUUGAAUGCACCCAAAGCAUUAAAAGUAAGGUUUUCUUAUGAUUUUUGACGAUGUUCCGGCUUACGACAAUUUUUGGGUUACAACGCAUCUCAAGAACGGAACCCCUGUCGUAACCCGGGACUCCCUGUAAUUCUAAUUCUACUAAUGUUUUCUUUUUGAGUAUUUGGUUAUCUGUAAAUAUCCAUUUUAUUCUUUUAUAUUAAGAGUUGGAUUUUGAGACUUAAUAUGAAAACUACUUGAUAUACAGUGGUACCUCGACAUACAAAAGUCCCAACUUACGAAAAAUCCAAGUUACGAAAGCAAAUACGAAGAUUUUUUUGGCUCUACAUACAAAAAUAGUUAAGGUUACAAAAGGCUGUUGCUGUAAAGUCCCAAGAUUCGUCCGGACCACCAAAAACAAUUUUAAAACUCGCGCGCCGCCAACUGAGUAGACUCGCCACCAUCCUCCCGCUCUCCCAUUGGUUCCUGAUGCUAGUCACCGCCGUAAGAUCCUGCUCUCCUAUUGGUUAGCAUCUACCCCAUGUGCUCUACGUAUGUGUUCUAUUGGUAAAAGGAUGCUGUAAAUUGAAAAACUUAUGCAAUACAUUUAAUAAAAAAAAUACUUUAGGUAAAGAUAGAAUAAAGAAUAGAAAUGAAUGGUUAUUUUACUGUUUGGUAGUUUCAGUAGUGGAAUAGAGAUAAUGAAAAUGUAUGAUUAUGUACUGUACUGUGUGCUAGGUAAAAGUGGUUGCUUGGCGAUCGUUCGCUACUCAUAUAGUGUGAACACAAACAAAAGGUUGGAAGCUUUUUUUUGUUUGUUUGUUUAUUAUAGUUAAUGGUUACUUAAUAAUUAUUUGAAAUGAGUACAUGCAAUACAUUUAAUAAAAAAAAUUGUGAAUUAGAUAUCAUAAAAUAUAAAAUAAAUCAGACUGCUAUCAUCGAAGCCAACAAAUAUUUUCUUCAAUUCUUCUUCUGUUUUAAUAUUAUAUAUAUACGUAUAUGUUUCAUUAUAGAUGUCAGUAACUUGGUAUCUCCAUUAGGUAAAGAUAGAAUAAAGAAUAGAAAUGAAUUGUAAUUAUACUGUUUGGUAGUUUCAGUAGUUGAAGAGAGAUAAUGAAAAUGCUAGGUAAAAGUGGUUGCUUGGCGAUCGUUCGGUACUCGUAGGGCUGAAUGUAAACAAAAGGUUGGAAGCUUAUUUUGUUUGUUUUUGUACGUAUUAUAGUUAAUGAUUAUAGUUAAUGAUUAAUUAAUAAUUAUUUGAAGUGAGUAUAUACUGAUUAUUUAUAUACAUUUUAUUGGCAUAUUCUAAGCUUUUAGCUUCUUAGGUGUAGAUGUCAGAAUCAUAGACUAGGCUACAGUAGCAACUGCUAACAUAGGCUAGGCUUAUUGUUAAGGGACAUAUGCUAAAGUCCUAAUAUAUGCAGUGAAAAUGGGGUUGAACAUUACAUGCAGUUGAAUAUUACUCAAGUAUGUACAGUAUUUUGCCUUUUUGGUGUCAUAUUUCUUCUGUCGGAUCGGCGUCGUAACCCUAGAACGUGUUGUAAGCCUGGAAAUAUAAUUUAUUGGGGUGUUUUUGUAGGGCUUAGAACAAAUUAGGCAAUUUACAUGUAAAAUGCAGUUCAAGAUAUGAAAAACUCAGGUUACGAAGGCCGCCUCAGAACGGAUUAAUUUCGUAUGUCGAGGUACCGCUGUAAUUUAUCUUAUUUUAGAGCAUAAACGUAUUUGAUUACGUUAAUUUUUAAUACAUAUCUGAAUAUAUGAAAUGCUAUUUCAUAUACAGUAGAACCUCUACAUACGAAAGUCCCUAUGUAUGAAAAAUCCAGGUUACGAAAGCAAAGAUGAAAAUUUUUUUGCUUCUGUGUACGAAAAUAAUUCAGGUUUCAAAAGGGUGUAUGUACUGUAAACUGAGAUUUGCCUAGGCCGCCGAGAACAAUUUUAAAACUUGCGCCGCCAACUCAGUAGACUCGCCACCAUCCUCCCGCUCUCCCAUUGCUUCCUGAUGCUAGUCACCGCCGUAAGAUCCUGCUCUCCUAUUGGUCAGCAACUGUCCCAUCAUGCCUCUAUGUAAAGGCAUUCCUUCACCAUUUCGUUGUGGCAGCGUUAUCGUAAACACCUGGAAUUCUCUCGUUCACAUAGAUUUCGUUUGUUAACAUAAAUUCGUGUUAGUGAUUUUGCUUUCGUUGUGCUGUAAGUUACUUUAUCGUGUUGUGUGUGAACUUAAUUACUUACGUUACUAGCCACGGGUCCCAAGAAUGUUGCUGAAGUUCACAGAAAGAAGAGGAUGCUUUCUAUGGAGACGAAGAUGGAGAUAAUCAAGAAGUGUUAAUGUUUUCUGCCAUUUGAUAAUGUGUUUCGUAAAGUUUAGUGUUAAUGUUUUCUGCCAUUUUUUAAUGUGUUUCAUAAAGUUAAGUGUUCAUGUUUUCUGCCAUUUGUCCUCCUCCUCUGUAGCCACUUUUGGAGAUCGCCUCACUCGAAAGGUAAGGUUCCACAUUUUACUACAUAUGUACGUACAUUUACGUACAGUAUUUCUUGUGCCCUGUACACUAAUACACUAUUUACAGGUAAUCACGGUUAGGUUAGGUAUUGAAUGGUCCAAAUUGUUGUAUUUCAUUGUUCAUUGAUCAAUUUAACUUUAUUAUAAAAUUUACUGUGGUGUUUUUGUAGGGCUUAGAACGAAUUAGGCAAUUUACAUGUAAAACGUGGUUCUAGAUACGAAAAAAUCAGGUUACGAAAGCCGCUUCAGAACGGAUUAAUUUCAUAACCUGAGGCACUACUGCAAUUUUAAAUACUUAUUUUAUUCCUUUAUCACUAAUAGAGAAUAAAAGCACAGUAAUUUACAAUAUUAGAGUGGAAUUUGUUUUGUUACAUUAUACAAAAAUGUACACAUACAUACAUGUAUGUGAUUUUAAGGAAAUAAGAAUGCUAUUUACAUAUUUUUAGUUUGCCUUCAUUUCCCUAGAUGCCAGAAUUUCAUGUAAAGUAUAGUUAAUAAUCGAUUACUGCUUGCUUAUUUUCUUAUAGUAAUAAGUAACUGAGAUCUCCAGAGACUCUGGCAUCUCACCACUAGUCUGUCCGAGCGUCAUUUUGUGUUAUCUAAAUACAAAGACUGAAUAUAGGACACGCUAAUGUUAUUCAUACAUUUUUAGCUUUCCUUCUUGCCUGGAUACCAGAAUUUCAUUUAGGGUAGAUAAUUGAUUAUGGAUCGAUUAUUUGCAUGAAUUAAUAAGUAACAGAUUUCCAGAGACGUUGGCAUCUUGCCUCUUGUCUGUCUAGGAGCAAGAGUCCGUUGCUGACAUAAGGCUAGCUUAAUCAAAACACCAGCUGUCCUAGUGUCCACCCCUGGGUGCCAAGUGUUUCGGGUGCCAGUGACUGCCAAGUGCCCAGCAUUUUGGUCGACAAUGGCUGCCAAACGCCCAAUGUUUCGAGCGCCUGUGCCUGCCUAACACCCAGUGUUCGCCUCUCGCCUAAUGACUCUUGCUUCACGCCUUCCAAUGCUGAGUUCUCUCCUACUAACCCUCAUAUCUAAGUCAUUUGCUCCUGCGCUUGGCUCUAUCGCUUCCAUCCCUUGCCUUUGCCAGCAUUUGAUUUCAAUUAUCAUGAAUUUAUCAACGUAACAGUGAAGUGUUGUGCAGUGGAGGAGGUGGUUACUUGUCCCUUGAUUCUCGUAGACAAAGGUCACUGUCCCGCUCCCCUGCACAAGGGAGAAGACAUACCGGAGGUCCAAGAGAGGUCGGGGGUUGCAUACAGGUAGUCGCUCCCUCAGUCGAACCUCUUGUCGGUCCAAGGUAUCGACAGACGACCGCUGGAAAGGCCUAUGUCUGGAUGUGUGUUAGAGGAGGUGACCAUCUGGCCCCUCGGAACUCCUAGACUUAGAGUCACUGUCCUGCUCCUCUGCACCCGGGAGAAGACAUACUGGUAGUUGAAGGGAGUCUGAGGGGGUUGCCCCCAGUAGUUGUAGUUGCCCUCUCCGUCAAACCUGUGGCUAGUCCCAGGUAUCAGCAGACAGACACUGAAAAGGCGUCUUGUGAUGCAUUAAUGGGUUUUGUCUGAACACGGCUGGAUUAGUUUUAAUUUUGAGUGCCCUGUACUAGUGCCUAGCAGUGUUGCCAAUUGGUAUGUGUUUACCCUCCAAACUGUGUAUAAGACUUACACAAAACCAUGGAAAUAAGUGAAAUUGGCGUAUCUAUUUGUAGUAUAUAUAUACUACAUAUUAGAGCAAUUUUACCAGUAUUGCAUUACUAUGACAACUAGAAUUCAUGGAAACAGUUGUAAAUGCAUCGGCGUAUGUGUGAAGCUCCACUAAAUUGGAAACGAUGGUGCCUAGGCGUUCAAUCUCGUAAGCGACCUCUUGCUUUCGAUAGCCAGUCCUCUCCCAGGCUUUCGCGCCAGAUGUGUGGACUUACUCACCUUCCUUUUCGUUGAAGAGAAAGAUCAGAGCUCUGAUCCUGCUUUGGCGUUUUGGAUGGACGCCAGGUUUGGGCGCGCAGAUCUUUCUAGUAUCUGGUGUAUUUUGUCGAGCACCAAUCUCCGUCCAUUCGCUCUGCACCAUCUGAGGAGCUACACUCCAUGCUCCAGCUUGCCCGGAGCCUUCCAUGCCUUCCCUGGCACCAGGUGUUGGUAGUUUGGUGAUAGCUGUUGGAUCCCAAUCACAGUCUCCUUGUUCGUCUUCAUUGAUACUACAGGAUCUUUCGUUUGCUCCUGUCCUACGACUUGGUGAGAACAUCACUUGAGUCGUGCAGUAAGCUCUAUAUAGUCCUGUUUGCAAGGUUUACAAUCACGGAGAAGACAGGUGCGUGGCGAGACCUUGGGUGGCAAGAUGUGGCAAGGUCUUGCCAUCUUUUGGCGCAUUCAAUGCCACUCAACUCUCACGUUCCCGUGCUCUAACCAGUUGUGGGAAGAGAAGGCUCCAUGUGAUCUGUGAGAGCCCAUACUCUCCCUUUGGAAGUGUUUUUCGCUGAGGUGAAUAUGUUUUCCCAAGUGUGUACUUGGCUAUCAUCACUGCAAGUUGAUGAUCGCAUGCAUCAUCGCCCUUCCUGCUAAUUCCGAGAAGAGCAGGCUAGAACGGUCAAUCCUCUCUUUUUUUUCCCCCCCUACUUCCUGAGUAACACUGUGAUGGAUGAGGAAAUAAUAGAAACUCUACGGAGUGUACUCCCCAGAGUUCGGAUUCAAGAGCCUAUGUUCCUGGUUCUAUCUUAGGAUAUCACUGGACAUACGUUCAUUUGUUUGUGGGAACAACCAGUUUGGCAUGAACUAGUCGUCUUCAGUGUCCUGUUAUCGCCGUAGAAACCGUCCUUCAGGAUAGCAUCUCGUUCGCUCUCUUCAUUAGAGAAUAAAGGAUAUCUGCCUCCAGUCCUUAUUCUUGUUCUCUUUUGAAGUGAAGAAGAAUUAGACUGGCGUUCGAUCACCAGUAGCCUACGAAUAUUCUUGUAUAUUCUUGCGGCAGGCAUCUGUUAUCAGUUGCACCAUCUGAGUGAUAGAUGCACUCGGGUAAUUAGUCCUAGUGUGCAACCGAGACAAAUAGUUCCUUAUCGUAACCAGAGUUGCUUGUAAUAAGUUGAAACUUACGACAGCCUUUCGUGCCCCCCAAAAGUUUCCGGUUGGGAGUUUGAGACGUCUAGUGGUUUUGUUAGGCAACAACACCACAGGGUUGGUAUUAUCAUUAAACAAGAGGGUUGCCUUCCCUCGUGUUUCGAUUAACAUGCAAUUGCUUGAGUGUGUCUGUUGUGCACUUGAUAGCUCUAUAAGAUGAACGCAUGCCAAGACGAAAUGUACUACCAGGCAAUUCAGCGUACAGAGUCGAGUGAAUGCCUGCUCACUGAGAUCUUGUUUGUCCUAAUUUGUUUAUCCUCUGUCUGUCGAGGGUUAACACCUAACUCGAAUCUCUCUGCCCAACCAUCACAGACUUAAUGUCUCUGGUUGGCUUUAGAUUCUUGCUUAUGGUUCCUAUCUUGGGCUUCUCAGUUACCAUUGCGAGAAUCUUCAGACAGAGUUAUGUCUCAUUAGAUUCAGCAUUGUCUUUCUGUUUACCCCAUGGUACAACAGAAGUCUCGAAUCUUUAGUUUUGGCGAUGAUUCAGAAUGAUUGUUGUGAUAAAUACAGCAGUUUUUUGUCUUCUAUUUUCUCUUAAUUCAUAAAAGUGUUCAAUUACUACUUGUUAACCAUGUUUUGGAGGGAACGUUAGAAGACUUCGCCUGCCCUGAUAGCUCUGCUUCUAGGGUAAACAGAAGAGUUACUCCCUGAACCAACCUUCGCAAUGACAAGAAGCAGUUCAUCAAGCAGUACAUUCCUGUUUGUUUACACAGCUAAAGACUUCCAGCCUUCAUUGCAACAGGAAUCAGAGGACCAUACAUACCCUAGGAAGUUACUGUAAGAACUUGUCUCCUCCUCUGUCUAAACGUGUGGUCCUCCUUUUUAUAUGGGCUUCAUGUUUGAGACACACACAGUGUUGUGGAGUGUCUUUUGGCCUUGUUUGGAGCAAUGCUAAGGAUAUAAGAACAGCCUCUUCCUCCUUAGUUUUCAGUCAUUUGUUGCUCUUUCAGCCCAUUCUGCUAUCGAUCUUCCAGAGGCAUAAACAAUCUUUGCUUAUCAUAUUUUUCUUUUUUAUGUAAGCUUUAAAAAAAAGACUGGCAUGACAUCGCAGAAGGAAGCAUAGGAUGUUUUUCUAUUAUCUCUUCACUUUUUCAGUAAGGUGCUGAGCCUGGAGAGCCAGGGGGUACAGUGUACCUGGAGCACCCACUACGUAGCAGAUGGGUCAUGAUGUUAUUUCAGUGUAGGUGUCAGUGUUUUCUGGUUGUUUUAUUUUGGUACUGUACCCAGGGCAAGGGUGGGUACCUAUCAUACUUUGCUAGUCAUAUGAGCAUUGCCCUCGCCACUACGAGUUAAGAUGAGCACAAACCAGAGGGAGUAUUUAUCUGCAUAGCUCUCUUAAUUGAUAGGAAUGACUAGCAGUGUUUUUCCAAUGCUAGCAACUUUUCUAUUUCAAAUUCAUUACAUAAUUAAUGCUUUGGAGUUGAAUUAUGUCCAUGAUCCCACCUCCAUUCAGUGUGGAAUCAAUGAUAUAAUUACUGGGUAAGUCACAUAUACAAAAAUGAUAUUUUUAUAAAAUUAGAUUUUGUGUAUACUUACCCAGUAAUUAUAUGAUCAGAGCCCACCCUCCUCCCCUCUGAUGGACAUUAUGCAUAAAACAGAAUGACGUGAUUAACUAAGUCGUUCUGAGUAUUGCCAUAGGGGGAUGGCACUGUAUACCUACACUGAUCCAAAUUUGAAUUUAGGCUGUCGUCGAGUAGAAACUCUCAGCGAUAUAAUUAUGUACUGGGUAAGUAUAUACAAAAUCUAAUUUUAUUAUAAGAAUAUAUUUCCAUAAAGAAUUAUUUUGUAUAUUUUUUUGUUCCACUCUAUAUUAACUUUCUUAUUUGUAAAUCCUUGGUUGGUUUCAUUCCCAACCCAUCAUUCAUAAGCAACCCAUUUUUAUGGCAUUUGAAUGUCCCAGACACCAGUCUUUAGUUAAGCCAACAGAAGAAAGUUGGUAUAGCUCAGUAUUUGCUGUCGGAAGCAGCCUCCCAGAUUUUAGAACACUGUACUCACAUUUGAAAGGUCUUUGGUUUCAUUCUUGUAUUCCUCUACAGCUACUUUUCUUUUUUUAUUAAGUAGAUGAGUUAGGGUGCCUAGCUUAUCCUUGUCCCUAUAAGCUCAUAUAAUACUGAGAGAAAGAACUUUUUAUAUGUCUGCUUUUCAGUACAAACCCAUCAUUCAUGUCAUUUUCUCCAGAUAACUCGAAAACUGAAGAAGGAGAUUAAUGGGUACUUGAGAAUCCCAAUGGCCCAUGUUCUGUGGCUCUGAGUUUCUUGUUUAUUCGACAAAAACUAGUGUCUUGGACCUUCAAAGACCAUGAAUGUGGAUUGCAUAACAAUGAAGGGUUUAUCCUGAAAGUGCAAAUUUUGUUUUAUAAAUUGAUUUUUUUUUAUAUGAAGGAGAGUCUGUUUUCAGUGAUCUGCUGCUGGUCUGGAAAUUUCAACGAGAUCUACAAAAUGUGAUAUUGUACAGUAAUAUGUUAGUAUUUAGUAUUGUUGGCCUGAAUAGAUCACUUGCCUUUUUUAAGAUAUGGAGAAUGCUCUCUCUCUCUCUCUCUCUCUCUCUCUCUCUCUCUCUCUCUCUCUCUCUCUCUCUCUCUCUCUCUCUCUCUGUUUCAACAUCUUAGUUACAGUAUUAGUCAUCAGAGAAUAUUACACUGAGUGAUGAGGUCAAAUUACUUUUAAUGAUGCUUGGUUGUGUAUGGGGAUUUUAAAAACCUUGUACGUAUUCUUGUAUCAUACAAACCUGUUGUAUGCUUGUAUGGUGUUACUGCCUGUUAUGGUGCAUUAUUAGCUAAGACUAGAGUCAUAUCAUAACCUUUGACAAAGGAAUAUUCAACCCCAAAAUUCAAUUACAGGUACUUUUUAUGCAACAUAAAAAUGAGAAUCAAUGAAGGUACACCAGCGCUAAUCACAGAUCUUUAUGCAACAUAAAUAUGAGAAUCCAUGAAGGUACACUAACAUUAAUUACAGAUCAGAAGCAUCAGUUAUUGGAACAGAUAGUGGAGAUGUGGUACAACAGCACACUGAGGUAGUAGCUUGGAGUACCAUUUUUGUACUCCAAAAUGGUAGCUUGGCACAAUGAAACAGGAACUAGAUGCAACUGGGUGGGAACGUGACACCGAUGGCUUAUUUCAGGUAUACCUUACCACUUAGUCUCCCUGAUGAAAAAAACACUUGCAGGGACUGUGAGCAGUCUUCAUAGCAUUGGAGGACUCCCUUUGGUCCUAAGUUGAGGAUAACGAUGAGAUAUUGGCAGGAGUGGGAUAUACUAAAAGGGGAUUGAGGCUUGCCAAGAAGGUACCAUGGUGCACUUGCACUCAAAAGGAUGGAAACAGGUGCACUAACAUGUUGGUAACACCAGUUAUAGGUCUCUGAAGCAUAUACACUCAGCUGAAUAUCUAUUCAAGAGUCUUAAACAUGAAUAAUUAUCACAGGUUACCUAAACUUACACACCCAGUAUGGAUCUGUUUGUGAGCACCUGAUACAAAAAUCUGACUGCUAUGCCAUACCUCCAUGACAUAAGAUUCACCACUUACUCUGUGCCUUGAGUAUUUAUUCACAGGAUAUUAAAGGUUCACUACAGUGUUCCUUCAUGCAUGUAUGUUCUGUCUUUUAUCUAUACCCUUUUGAAUCUUCCUACUUAUGUCUAACUUCAUUAACUACUUUGCUCCAGUUUUCAGAUCUAGAAAUGUGACCUAGUUUUCAAAUAAAACAAAUUUUUAAUAGUAAUGAUACUGUGACUGGUCUGCUCUGAUGUGGUAAAGAAUGAUGGAGAAAGAUAGACCUAGUUAUCUACAGCUUUUCCACUUCUACCCACAUCAGUUUAUAUUGGACAUUGGUAUGGUAACCAUCCAUUCUUGUGGUAACACUGCAUCCCAUUGUUAGUAAGUAAUGUACACAUUACAGAUGUUCUCUGUUUUUAUUACUUUUGGUGAGUGACAUCCAGGAUACCCUGGAGGUUCUUAAAUAUAUUUUAAAUUACUGGCUCUAAUCAACAAGUAUAUUGAUCCUAAAGCAACAAACUAAUUCAUGAAGGUUGCCUCAUACUUAAUAAGCUUUUCAGCAUAAGUAACACAAGGAAUAUAACAAUUGUAAGAUCUCAAAAUUUUUUUAAAUGAUUGUGAUGCCCUUUAAAACCUUCUCUUAGAUUAUUAUCCUCCUAGUCCCUCUGAUAGUCUUUCAGUCACAGGGACAGUUAACAGUACAGUUGUUAUAACAUCAUAAGUAGGGGGCUCCUUUCAUUAGAUGUUGCUCAUCAGAGAAAGGCCAAAAAUUCGUUCUUUUAUUGGUGACUCUAUUCUCAGCUAACACUGCGAUGUUCUUGGCAGUAUGUUAUAAAUGAAUUAAGAAGUUUGUAUUUAGAACAUGUGAAAUUUUAACAUUAUUUUUCACAUUGCCCUUGGUUUGUCCUUUUAUUAUUGUCUUAUGUGGUAAACAAUUUUGUGUCAAAUACUUACCUGCUAAUUUCAUCGAAUUUUAUUAGUCUAUGUUGUAAAUAGUAAUUGUAUAUUGUAGCAUGAUUUUUCUUUCAAAAGUUACAUUUAAAUAACAGAAUUUGCAUUAUUCAAUGAGUUUAAUUUUUGCACAUUUUUAACAUUUUUUCUUGUUUUCAUACCAAGCUUGAUUUCCAUGUUUGAGAUUUUGAUAUCACUGUAUCCUAUUUAUUUUGGUAAAUUUGUGUAUCAUCAGAAUUUCAAGUACAAACCAUUUGAGUUGGUCUGUUGAGGAUAAGUUUUGUACUCAUUGGUCUGGUCGAAAUAAUUGAUAUAUGUAUUUUAUUUGCGAAUUUUAGAUGUUAUCCUUCUGUGGAUUGCAUCUUUUUGUUCGAGUACCCGCUUUAAAUCAUUUGUUUGAUAGUGGCAAUUUGGCAUGAUGUAUUUUAGGGCUGUUAGGUUUUUGCCUACUAUUAUAAACUUGAUUCUAAAAUGAUUCCUAUCAAAGUAAUAUAGAUAUUUGUAGAGGAGAGAAACAAGAAAUAUAUAAAAAAGAGGGAGAAGAAAAUGAGCAAUAAUAAUAAUAUGUAUAUUUUUAUUCAAGUUACUUGUAGGAGUAAGCAAACCUGUCAAAAAAUCAAGAUUGCAGACAGACCUAGUUAUCUAUGGUGCAUGACUAUACUGUGACCAGAAGUAAUAAGUGAAAAUCCACAAUUAUGAAUCUGAGGAUAGCUGUAUUUUUAAAAAUACAAAAAUCAAUAAAAACUGGUGCCUUGGACUGUUUGCACAGUGGUCCAAAGCCAUAUUUAUCCAUUUGUAUUUUGAAAAAUACAGCUUUCCUCAUUGUGGAUUUUUACUUGACACCUGGAAUUACUACCAGGUAACAGAUUUAGGCCUUUUAACAAGUAUACUCACAUUUUCCACCAUGUGAAAUAAUAUCUUUACCAGCUGUUUACUAUGAAAAAAAAGACAGGAAGAGUACACUAAAGCAAGGACUGUGAUGGAAAAUAAUGUUGAAUGAUUAUUUGCAAGGUUAUUUCAGUAUGUAAAUUGUUGGUCUCCCUCAUGAUACCAACUUUUAGUGCCUGAACAUGUAAAAAAAAAUGUGGUUGCUUGAGUGCAGCAAUUUUUAACUAAACUGUAACCUUACAGAACUUAGAAAAGAAUAUUAAUAUAAUGAAAUUGAUGAUUAUAAAUUAUGUAAUAAUAACUGGAGUAGACUAUAUAAAAUUCAAGUUCAAUAGAUGAAUGACAUGCAAGAGAACUAGUUAAAAAAUGUUCAUGCCCUAUCAGUGUUAAACUUGGACAAAGUCUAUUAUAGUAAUUGGUUUGCUAAUUAGAAGCUUCUUGUUAAAUAUAAAGUCCUUAGUUUCCAGGAAAACAUAAGUACCAUAAACCCUGCUGUACAAUCUGUAUGUUCAUUUUGUCAAACUUAAUUAGUUGCAUCGAUUCAAGAUUUUUCAAAUUCAAGUUCUUUUGCAAGCAUGACUUGAUGGAACACUAAACAAAAUACUAGUGUGACUUAUUCCAAAUAAUUGCUUCUUUUAGACUGCAGAAAAGAAAAGUGUAUUAAUAGGUAGUACCUUACAUUGGUUGCAGUACUUGUAAACAACAUUAUGGGUAAAUAUAUUCACCUGUAGACAUGAACCCUCACACUUAGGAACUCAAGUAAGUCAGAGACCAUCCAGAAUGCAACACAAAUAUUCUAGAUUUGCUGUUUUCAUCGGGUAAAAAUCAUAAUGGUUUCAAUUAAGAAUUUGAAAAAGAUACCCCACUUCUUUACAUUUAUUUUGUUUUAACCAGACCAUUUACUCAAAAUUAGAAUUAAAGGGCCCUUUACAAUUGAGUUUUAAAAACAAGUUCUCUUAUGCUGACAGAUCCCCAAGCUUUUUAUAAAAGGUAGUACUGACUUUCUAUAAUACUGUCAGGUCAGUUGCCAGUUAUUGCAAGAACAUUGGUUUUAAGUGAAGUGCUUAAAAAUUUGCUCAGAAAUUUUGCAAAUGUGAUGGUUGUACUGCCCAAAGACAUUAGUAAUACUCUUAUUAUAAUUUUAUGUUAUAUUACAGCACUUUAUUUAUAUAAUGUACAUUUGUUUUUUAGUUAAUUCCAAAUGAUUAAAUAGUUUUCAUUUACAUUUGAAUAGUUCUGAGUUAAAAAAGACAUAAUGCUGCAUUAUAUUGGUAUCUUGAUAUGCAAAUUUACAGUAAUUUAUAAUAUGCAUCGUUGAUUAGUACAUAUUGUCCUUUGCUGUACAUAUAGUAUUUUAUUAGAAUAAAACCUGUAUAUCA